AAUUGAAAUGAUCCUGUGAGGGAGGACAGUAUGGCGUAUCUGUAGCAACUUGAUUGUCUCUCUCUCUCUCGCUUGAAAACCCUAUUUAAAUACAGAGCUAGGCCACCCUUUCUCUCAUUCAAUUUUCUUCUACAUUACCCAACAUCCCACGCCUUGGUGUCUUUGUGCAACUACACCGGCCCAUCUCCUUCAGUCCUUCUCAUAUUCAAUUUCAAACCAACACAAAACUUUGCUCCAUAACUCGUACUCCUCCUCCAUUCUCCAACACAUAUUCUCUUUUCCCCCAACCACGUUCUUAUAAGUUGAACACACUCCCUUAAAGCUCCGACACUCACAACUUCCUUCCCAUUUGUCUCUUAAGCUUUAGCUAUCAUUUUCACUCUUCUGAGUAUUUUGUAUUCCAUAUCAAUCCUAAACCGUAAAAAAUGUCUAGCCGAAGGUCAAGAUCUAGGCAAUCUGGUGGAUCGAGAAUCUCGGAUGAUCAAAUUAAUGAUCUCGUAACAAAGUUGCAGCAGCUUCUUCCUGAGAUUCGCAACAGUAGACGUUCUGACAAGGUUUCAGCAUCGACGGUGUUACAGGAAACGUGCAACUAUAUAAGAAACUUGCACAGAGAGGUGGAUGACCUAAGCGAGCGACUGUCGGAGCUGUUGGCAACAACUGACACUGCCCAAGCUGCUGUAAUCAGGAGCUUACUUUUGCAAUAGAUCAGAGAACCGGCCAGUUAAUUCAGAACGACGACGUCGCCCGAUUCUGGUUAAUUAUAUGAUGAUCGGUACUUCACCACUUAAAAUUAUGUAAUAGGCAUCGUUUGAUCUUCUUAAUUUGAUCUGUUUCUCUAGCAUUUCUAUAUUUUUCUAGGGUUUUUGUUCAGUAGUCUGAACCUGUAGCUGCUGGUUAAUGAUUACGAUCGAUCUAGAAGAUCCUUAGGCAAAGCUGUACUUGUACAGCUGUGUGUUACGAUUGAGGAGUUGACGUCAUAUAAUAAAAGACUCUGAUCAUCAGUUUUUACAA